AUGACGCUGGAAACAGCAGCCAGGCUGGGCACGCGGCUGACCACGCAGGAGUAUCGCCAUACGGCAGUGGGUAUCGGCCGCGAGGUGGUGGGGGAACGCUUUGCCGCUGGGUACAAUAAGCAGCUGGGCAGCAGCAGCGGGGGCGGUGCGUACGACAACCCGGACAUGAUGGACCACAGCAGAGAUGAGGAUGGAGAGGAUCCGCUGGAGCUGCAGAAUGGCCGCUCUACUGCUGUUGGCAACGUGGCG